AUGCAUGGCGAGACGUCACUCGACGAUUAUCACUAUACCAUGUGCGAGAAGUAUGGUCAUGUCGCCAGAUUGAGGGGCGGCAUGUUCGGUCUUCAAGCUGAUGGUCUCUACGUCACUGAUCCCGCUGCUCUUAAUGCCAUUCUCGUCCGUAAUCAAAAUAACUUCCGUGAAUCUGUGGAAUUCUCUGGUCUCUUUGGUGUUAUCCAUCAUGGUGAUGGUCUUGCAUCAGUAUAUGGCGCUGAACACAAGAAACAGCGUCGCCUAAUGAAUCCUGUCUUUACCGCUUCCUUCGUAUCUAAGCUCUCUCCAGUUUUCUACAAGAUUGCUCAUCAGCUGCGAGACAAACUCAAGGCGGACGUCGGUAAUGCCAAGGACGGCCGGGUCAUCGACAUCCUCGACUAUCUGACUAGAACCGCUCUCGAGCUCAUUUCUCAGGGAGGGCUUGGCCACAGUUUCAACUCCUUUGACAAAAACAGUCGUGAAUUCACCGAGUUUCACGAGGCUUUGAAAACUGUGCUCCCAAUGGCUGGCAGAAUAUUCUUUGUUCUUCCUUAUUUGGAAUCAUGGAGGAAAUUGGAGCCCCUUUGGUUGCGCAGAUUCUUAUCCAAUGCAGUUUACUAUUUACCAUGGCCUGCCGCUCGCAAGUUUAAAUGGGGAGUUGACACCAUGCAUCCGGUCUGCGCGAAUCUCUUCAAGCAGAAGAAGAAGGUUUUGGAUGAAGGCGGAAUAUCUGAGCUCGAAAAAACGACCUCAGGCGGUAAAGACCUUGCAACCCUCCUCAUCAGCGCCAAUCAGCUUGCGGACGACGACGAUAGAAUGCCCGAUGAGGUUGUUAUCGCUAACAUGAGCUCCAUUGUCCUUGGAGGACAAGAAACGACAUCAGGCGCACUGUCUCGGCUCCUGUGCUUGAUGGCCAACGACAAUGACAUGCAAAAUCGUCUGCGCAAAGAACUCCUCGACGCUCAUGCUGCCAAGGGCGAUGAAGGGUUCAACUACAAUGAAUUAAAUGAGCUCCCUCUGCUAGAUGCGGUGUGCCGUGAAGCCCUCCGUCUCUUCGCGCCGGUUACCUUCGUAUGGAGACAGACGAUUGAAGAUUGCGUCGUCCCUCUCCAUUUCCCCAUCCGCGACCCCAAGACUGGUGUAGAAACCAAGGAGCUCCUCAUCACAAAGGGGACCUCGGUGUACGUUGGAUUGGGCGCCGCCAACCGAUCCGCUGCGAUUUGGGGACCUGACGCCAGUGAACUUAAGCCUGAACGGUGGCUCGGGAAAGCAGUGUUGGAUGGUACCGCGAACAGUGUAAAGAUGCCCGGUAUCUUUUCCAAUGCCAUGACAUUCUUGGGCGGCGGUAGAGCAUGCCCUGGAAUGAAGUUCGCUUUGCUAGAAAUCAAACUGGUGUUGUCCGUUAUCCUGCCCCACUUCUCGUUUGAAGCGGUUACCGAAGAAAUCGAAUGGCGCCUUGGUAUCACAGUCGUGCCUUAUGUCAAGGGUAAAGUGGGCGAGGGUCCGAAAGUCCCGAUGAGAAUCAAGGCCAUCUAG